GCGGCGGCGGCGGCGGGGUACUGGGGAGGCGGCGGCCUGGCUUGGCCUGGCCUGGCCUGGCCUGUCAGGGCGCGGGUGUCGGCGGCCUAGCACCAUGUCCCUGCAGUACGGGGCGGAAGAGACGCCCCUUGCCGGCAGUUACGGCGCGGCGGAUUCGUUCCCGAAGGACUUCGGCUACGGCGUGGAGGAGGAGGAAGAGGAGGCGGCAGUUGCGGGCGGCGGGGUUGGGGCGGGGGCUGGCGGAGGCUGUGGCCCGGGGGGCGCUGACAGCUCCAAGCCGAGGAUUCUGCUCAUGGGGCUCCGGCGCAGCGGCAAGUCCUCCAUCCAGAAGGUGGUGUUUCAUAAAAUGUCACCCAACGAAACCCUCUUUUUGGAAAGUACCAACAAGAUUUAUAAAGAUGACAUUUCUAAUAGUUCCUUUGUGAAUUUCCAAAUAUGGGAUUUUCCUGGGCAAAUGGACUUUUUUGACCCAACUUUUGACUACGAGAUGAUCUUCAGGGGAACAGGAGCAUUGAUAUAUGUCAUUGAUGCACAGGAUGACUACAUGGAGGCUUUAACAAGACUUCACAUUACUGUUUCUAAAGCCUACAAAGUUAACCCAGACAUGAAUUUUGAGGUUUUUAUUCACAAAGUUGAUGGUCUGUCUGAUGAUCACAAAAUAGAAACACAGAGGGACAUUCAUCAAAGGGCCAAUGAUGACCUUGCAGAUGCUGGGCUAGAAAAACUCCACCUUAGCUUUUAUUUGACUAGUAUCUAUGACCAUUCAAUAUUUGAAGCCUUUAGUAAGGUGGUACAGAAACUCAUUCCACAACUGCCGACUUUGGAAAACCUAUUAAAUAUUUUUAUAUCAAAUUCAGGUAUUGAAAAAGCUUUUCUCUUUGAUGUUGUCAGCAAAAUCUACAUUGCAACAGACAGUUCUCCUGUGGAUAUGCAAUCUUAUGAACUUUGCUGUGACAUGAUUGAUGUUGUAAUUGAUGUGUCUUGUAUAUAUGGGUUAAAGGAAGAUGGCAGUGGAAGUGCUUAUGACAAAGAAUCUAUGGCAAUUAUCAAGCUGAAUAAUACAACUGUCCUUUAUUUAAAGGAAGUGACUAAAUUUUUGGCACUGGUUUGCAUUCUUAGGGAAGAAAGUUUUGAACGAAAAGGUUUAAUAGACUACAAUUUCCAUUGUUUCCGAAAAGCUAUUCAUGAGGUUUUUGAGGGUCAGAUGCCACGUGCUGCAGGACAUGGGAGUUGCCACUUGUGGGAAUCUGGUGCCUGUCCCACUAGAGACGAGGGGUAGAGUUUCUCAUUUGGAUGAAAACCCCUUCAGCCAGUGGUCUACAACCGAAUCUACUAUUUCUUCUUUUUCAAAAAUGACAAGAAUUCUAGAGACCACAGAAGUCAAGUGUGUGUUUCUCUUCUUUGGGGUCCUACUUUAAGUGGUUGGGAUAUUUCGGACCUGGAGAUAACACCGCUUACCCAUCCUUUCCAUGGAAUGUUGCCACCAUUUACCAGUUGAAAAUAAUAGAACUGAGUUUUUAUAUGCUCCACUUAGGUUUUCAGUUGAGUAGUCUCUAAAAAUGCUGCCUUGCUUAAGUUCUAACACUGCCUCUCAGAUUUCAAUUUUGGACAUUGCAUACCUAAGACCUUUUAAAUGCGUUUGCCUGCUAACUCAGAAGACUUGUGGUCUGACUGCAGCAAAGGACAUUCCUGUAUUUGUUACUGAAGAAAUGAGAAAACUUUAUGUUGCAUCAGAUCAAGGGCAAGGUUCAGCAGUGGAAGCACUGAGGAAAAUAUUUUAAAACAGAAGAAAAUUUUUGCAACGGUGUUUGGGGUACCAGAUAUCUGGGUUCUUUUCUCCUACAUAUGAUAAAUGAUCAUGAUCAGUGUAACAAAGGGAAUUUUUAAAAAAUUGUUUUCCCCACAAUCUCCUUCUUCUAGGGGAGAAACUCAUUAUGUCAUUGAAAUAUUUAACUCAUUUUUCUUUAAACUCGAUACCAGCAGCUACAUACCUUUUAUUCUAUGCUGUCUAGAUUCUUUUAAGUACUGCUGUUUUGUUGACCAUGAAUGACCCUAAGGCACUGGUCCCCUGGGCGUUGGAGAGCACAUGUGUUGUUUAACACUCUUCGUCUUCAGUAUUCUGACACCAAGUGUCACCUGUGGUACUUCCUUCGCUUAGCAUAUUAAUUCAUAAUUUUUUCUUUUUGUUGUUGGUUGAUACCCUUUUGUUGAUUUAAACUUACACAUUAUUUUUACUUCACAUGCCCAGUAGUCAUUUAUUCCAAAGCCACUGGACCACUUGAGUACAUACGUGCCACUGUUGAAUGAAAUGUGUAUAUUCAGGUCUUUAAACCUAACAGUGCGACUUGGAGUGCUUCCUGCAGAUGACUGACUGCUGAGUAUUUACAUGGACCAUGGUGAUAUCCAACAGAAAAGUGCUUUUAUAUUUAUAGAUUAUUUCAUUGAACUAUAUAAAAUGGGUAUCAAUAAAUGUAUUUACACCAAAA